CUGUUGGCCAUAAGCAGUAACAUUAUAUCUAUUUAUUAAAUUGAGUUGUUUGAGUUAUUUCCUUCACCCUCAUCAUGUCUGCCUUUCAUGUACGAUGCAGGUAAAUUGCUAUCAUGAGUGAAGCUCCAGUAGUGCGGAAGGCUAUUCCACAGGCUCAGUCUACCAUUAGUGGUCACACUCAGAUGACAUCACGGCCACUACACAUCACUGAGCCAACUGCCUCCAAACGUGUGUGCUUUUAUAAAAGUGGUGAUUCUCAGUUCAGCGGUCUUCCUGUGAUUAUCAACAGCCGCACUUUUAAAACUUUUGAGGCUCUCCUGGAUAGCCUAUCUAAGCGUGUGCCACUGCCAUUUGGAGUGCGCACUAUUACAACUCCUCGUGGUCAUACAACCGUUCAGUCUCUUGAUCAGUUACAUCAUGGUCACUCCUACAUUUGCUCUGAUCGUCGAACUGUCAAACCCAUUGACUUGGAACAAGCACGCCGGAAACUGCCUCCCUGGUAUCACGCUCGUCCUGUUAGUGCCCGGUGCUUGGCUUGGUAUACACAUAGCUCUUCUCAACAUGGAACCUCCAGUGCAAGACUGAAUGAGCAUGCCAUCUUGUUGCACACACCAAAGCGGCUAGUACUGUUUCGUAAUGGAGAGCCAGAAGUAAAGCACACCCUGAUACUGCAGAGAAGAAAAGCAUACUCAUUUGAAGCACUGUUAGAUCACAUGUCAGAGGUUAUGCACUUCCCGGUGCUCAGGUUACAUUCACCUGAUGGAAGAAGGGUGGAUGGGCUUCCUGCACUGAUAUUAUGCUCUGGGGUAUUGGUGGCUGCUGGCCGGGAACCUUUCAAAAAAAGAAACUAUGAUAUUCAGAAGUCAUCUCCACCAACGUGGCUGCCAGUUAAAAGACUGAAACGGCGACAUCCAAUAGCCAGAAAAAAUAAGUCCAGCAGCACCAAAUCCUGUCCCUUCUCCCCAUCCUCUGAACACUACUUUGUGAAUCAAAUUCAAAACACUAUGUCAGGAAGUACGUAUGAUUUUCAAAGCAAUCCAAACUGCUCUGUGGAAGUAGAGCCUGGACAGCAUCUUGAGUCAGUUGCUGAAACAGAAGUCAUUACCAGUCAGGAUGUUGAGAAAGUGGAUGACAUACAUAUGCCUUCUGAUGAUGACAUUGAGAAAGCUUUCAGAGUCAAUCAAGAUGGAAGUAUGACAGUAGAAAUGAAAGUGCGCCUUACUAUUAAAGAAGAGGAAACAAUUCAUUGGACGACCACAGUCAGUCGUUCCAGUGUGUACAAUCAAUUUAAAGCAGCCACUAUUUCCUGUCCUGAUCUGGAUGCUAAUUUACCUGAUAAUUUACCCCCUCAAAGUGAUACUCCUACUAGAGAGGUCAGCGAGAUUGACCCUAAUGACAGCAACCAUUUCUGCCCUAAGGAUGGCUGUAAGAUAAAUGAAGAUACUGAGAUAAGUGGAGCUGCUGCAAGCAUUCAGUUAGAGCGACUACCCUCACCGCUUUCCCACUUUCCAGGGUUGCACAAGGUACAACACAAACAAGAAUCCAUUGAGAGCAUCAAGACAGUAAGUGAUACAGAAUUUCAUAAGAACCAUUCAUACUCUGACACUGAAGAACUGGACAGUGGAGAUGUCAAGCAGGAAUACUGUAUGGUACAGCAGUGUAACAAACCUGUACCCAAGCCUCGAUGUACCUUGGCCUCUGAAAUUCACACAACGACACGGCUACAAUUGAGCAACUACAGAUGUUCAGAGAAUCUUCAGUUUCAGGACAAUCAGAAAAAGAUGUAUGAGACGCCUUUACAUAUUUAUGAAAAGCAGACUUGUCAAGAGAACUUCUCAGACAAAACGCAACAUCAUUUGCAAUUCUUUGGCAGUUCACACCAUGAAUAUGAUGUCAAGAUGGCAGUGACACCAGUUACCGCAUCCUCGAAAGCCUUAGUAUCUAAACGUGUUCUUACGAUUGGUACAACCACAAAGAGGAAGACAAUAAAUAUAUCUUUGAGAGGUAUAGCUGAUGAUGUCACAUUGAGGGGCAUGUCAGAGCUCAUCACAGCAGAAGAAAAGGAUUCUAUGAGAGAGGACUCAAAUGGAGAAAUAAGUGAUCCUGGGUUUAACAAAAAAGCUUACAGGACAAGAGAAGGUGAGGAGGGGAGUGAACAGUCCAAAUGA